GGGGAGAGAAGGAGGAGGUUGUGGAAGGAACGCUCGGGAGUCGUAGCGGCGGCUGGGAGCGGAGCCCAGCCUCCAGCAUGGCCGGGUCCCUUGAGGCGGCCGUUCCGCCACACGCUCCUCCCGGCCGCCAGUUCUCUUUCGCGUCGACCCGGCGUCGCUGCUGCCACCGCCGCCCAGGGAUGCCCGCCCUGCCCGGGUUGCUGUCGCUGGGCUUGCUCCUCUCCCGUGUCUGCUGCGCUGCCUUAGCUGGACCAAUCGUUGAUCCACACGUGAGAGCAGUAUGGGGGAAGAACGUUACACUGAAAUGCAUAAUCGAUAUAAAUGAAACAUUAACACAAAUUACAUGGGAGAAAAUACAUGGGAAGAGUGCACACACUGUUGCUGUUCAUCACCCUGACUAUGGAUUUUCUGUUCAAGGAGAAUAUCAAGGAAGAGUUUCACUCAAAAACACCUCUCUUACUGAUGCGUCUAUCAUCCUAACCAAUGUUACCUUCUCGGAUUCUGGAGAAUAUGUAUGCAAAGCAGCUACAUUCCCUCUAGGAAAUGCACAGUCAUCAACAACUGUAGCUGUAUUGGUUGAACCAAUUGUGAGCUUAACAAAGGGACCAAAUGCUUUAAUAGAUGGUGCCAAUCAGACAGUUGCAGCAAUUUGCACAGCCGCCACUGGAAAACCAGCAGCAGAGGUUCUCUGGGAAGGUGACCUUGGUGAAAUGGAAUCCACUUCAACUUCAUAUCCAAAUGAAACUGUAACAGUGGAGAGCCAGUAUAAGCUUGUUCCUACCAGGUUUGCUAGAGGAAGACAUAUAACUUGUGUUGUGAAACAUCCAGCUUUGGAGAAGGAGAUAAGGAUGCUUUAUGUGCUUGAUAUUCAGUAUUCCCCUGAGGUUACAGUAACUGGAUAUGAUGGAAAUUGGUAUAUUGGAAGGGAGCAUGUUUUACUCAGGUGUAAUGCUGAUGCAAAUCCACUACCAAUGGAGUUUACAUGGAGUCGGUUGGAUGGACGUUGGCCUGAAGGUCUGCAGCCUUUAAAUAAUACUCUACAUUUCAGCAGUCCAUUAACCUACAAUUAUACUGGAACUUAUGUUUGCAAAGUGGCCAAUUCACUUGGCCAAAGAAGUGAUCAAAAGACUAUCUACAUAUUAGAUCCUCCUACUACUACCACCUCACCACCCACGAUUCCAUGGCUUCCUUCAACUGAUGGCAUCACAGGUUUAGCAACUCAGCCAAAACUAAGGCUUUUUCCAACCUCACCAUGGCCAGCAAUGCAGGAAGACAAUUGGGGCACCAUCAUCGGUAGUGCAGUGGGCGGGGCUCUUUUACUGAUACUUGUAUGUGUCUUGAUUGGAAUUAUCUGGUAUAGGAGAAGGAGGACGUUCCGUGGUGACUACUUCGCUAAGAACUACAUUCCACCAUCAGAUAUGCAAAAGGAGUCCCAAAUAGAUACCCUCCAAGUUGAGGAUGUGGAUUCUUAUCCUGACAGUGUGAAAAAGGAAAUAAAACAUCCUGUGAACAGUCACAUAACUAAAGACUACUUGGGAGAAUCUGAAAAAACAGACUGGAACAAAGUAGACACUAUUAACAGGUACCAGGACAGGUAUGAAAGACCAAUGGAUUACUAUGAAGGUGGAACACUGGGAAUGAAAUACUUGGGUGAGGAAUGUUACGAUGAAAAUGAAGAUGACUUAGUUUCACAUGUAGAUGGCUCUGUAAUAUCCCGAAAGGAGUGGUAUGUGUAAUGACCACAUUCAAGUUUUGACUAUACAUAAAGCUCCUUCAUUAGGUGAUCACUUUCAGAUUGUUUAUACUUUUUCUUGAAGAAUAAGCUUUUUGAAGUUGAUUUUCAAGCUUUUUAUAUUCUAACUUGACAAAUGAAAUGUAAAAACCUCAUUUAAAUGUAUUGAAGCUGCUUUAUGAUUUUUUCAAUGCUGUACUACUGUCUUUCACAAGAUACAAAUUUUAAUAUAGUGCUUUAUAUGGCCUAUAGCACAAGAUAAGAACAAAGUGCUAAAUGGAAAACAUGAAAUUGUUAUAAAAAGUUUGAAAUUAAGCAAAUGUCUUUCCUUGUGACUACACAUUUAUGAUAAAAAUUAUCUUGAUAAAUUUUUUGACCUAUAAUUAUACUAAAAGAUAACAUGAAGCUGAUUCAGAAACAGAGCUAAUCUAAGGCACAUUUUGUUUACAAAAAGUAAUAUUUGUGAUAUGAAAUAUUCUGAAGGCACAGUUUUUUCAAAGCUUUAUUUUUAGGUAUUCUGCACAGAAUUUGAUACCUCUACAUUUUUGAGCCUUGCCAUAAUUAGAUACUGUAGUGGGUGGUACCUUCUACAGGUGACUUGUUGCACUGAGCCUGCUGCAUUGGACUUUUCAAUGAACAAAUCUUGCAACGUAACAGGAACAGUAUAUUUUAACACUGCAUUUUAUUUCCAAGCACUGGAAUAUCAGAUUCCAAAUGAUUUAGUUAGGUUUUCAGAAGAGUCCCUUCUAAAUAUUGAGUCAGUAUAUAUGGUUUACCCCAACCCAAAAGGAAAAAAUAACAUUCAGAGAAUGCUAGGUUUCCCUAAGCACUUUACAGAAUGUUUGUUAAGCACAUAGCUAGGAAUGCAUUGAGCUGAAACCCAGAUACAACUUAAAUAUUUGAGUCAAAGAUGCAUUUUUAGAAAUAUUUGACCUCUUACAGAAUAUGGUGGUAUAUCAAGUAGUAUGUGGGCUGUACAAGGAAAGAAGGAAACUUUAAAUGCAAGAUAAACGUUAUUUGUAAUGCUAACCUGUGUUUUGUAAGCUUAUGUCACUCUGAAAAUCUAUGCCUAUUUUGAAAGAGAAUGCUGAAAACUGUGACAAGACAGGUGUAGAUACCAACUCAAACUGAAAAUAUACUAGCUAAUGGUUUAGCUCCUCUAAGGCAUUUUGGGAGAUGUAUGCUGCUUUAAAAGAAAUGUAGUGGUACAGAAAAGCUUAAUACUAAAGAGCUGAAUAGAUUAAAAAUAUUGUAAGAAAAGGUUUCAAUUCCCUUGACAUAAGAGAUGGGGCAACUGUACUGUUUUAAAAUACAUUACAUAGCUAGGUUAAAAAAAUGAAUAUGAUUGCAUGUGCAGAGAAUACCGAUAAGAUCCCCAACAGUAGUUUAAAGCAUACUUGCAUAGAAGUGUUUCCUAUUAAAGUCCAUGGAGGCUUUCUCCAUGUUCAUAACUGAAGGUGUUUGUUUCAACAAAUUGGAAGGGUUGUUUCUGUUUAAUGCAUAUAAACUAUUAGAUGAAUUUGACAGCAUGAGUACACACAAGAGUAAUGCUGUUUGGCUGUGUCCCAUUAUAUAUCUUGAAGUAAUAUGAGCACAUUACAAAAAGAUCAACAGUAUUUUAAAGCUUUUCAGUGAGUACAGUAUCUUUAUUACGGUGCAGUUUUGACGGUACACUGUGACUUGGUUGCUAUGUCUUCAAAAAUGUGACUGCAGUUUAGUAUUUAUAAAUACAUGAAACUGAUUUUCUAUACAUUAUCACAUUGAUAAUUCAGGUGGUAACAUUUUACUUGACCAAAGUGUCUCUUCAGGGCAUUUGGAAGUAAAAUUAUUAAACCAUGCUUGCCUGUGAACUCAAGUGAGUUUCUAUAAUUACUUCAUGGAUCUGACUCAUCAUUAGCUGAAGAGCUUAAUUCAGUUAACUUUUGAUCAGGCCCUAAGCUGACAGCAGGUACUAAAUUGUGUGGUGUUGGGUUCCCCCCUCCUUGUUUGUUUGUUAGGUUUAAAAAAAAAAAAAAAGCUUGUGGUCUUAGGAACAUCUCCAUUGUAAUCUACUGGCAUACUUUCUGUAAGCCCUCUAAAAACUUUCUUGUAACACUCAAAUCUAGAAGCAGUUACCUAAUAUUCUGUGUUCCUUAUUAUAAGUUUGUUAAAUUUACCAAGGAUUUUACAGUUAAAUAUGAAGAGGUUCAUAAUAGGUUUAAGAUGUUCAGUGUUGCAGUGUUUCUUACAUAAUGUAUGCUUGGUGUAAAUAGAGAACUGGUUGUAAGUAUGAAUAGCUGUUGUGUGAAAUAAAUCUUUUGUUCAAUUAAUUUCUUGAAUGCAGGUUAUAUGCAUAAAUGAUUGAAAGGCAUAUACAUUGGAAUACUACAUUAAUGUUGAAUUAACAGUUAUAGUCUAGACAAGACAGCUGAAUAUGGAAAAAAGUACUUCUGUACAGUAUCUGAGUUUAAAUUGGGGCAUUCAGAAUUUUUUAACAAAUGGCUUACUGGUCAACAAGGCUGAUAGUCAUUAAAGAAAGACCGUGCAUUAAACUAGACAACUUAGAUAUUAACUUAGAUAUUCAGUGGUAAGGUUACUUCUUUUUUCCUAUACAGUGGUACCUUGGCUCACAAAUUUAAUUCAUUCCACGAUUUUGGUUGCGACCUGAAUUAGUCGCGAACCAAGUCAAAUUCCCCCAUAAGGUUCAAUGUAAAUAAGGUUAAUCCGUUCUGACCCCUACGAGCAUGGUUGUGAACUGAUUUUGGCCACGAACCAAGUCAGAUUUGCCCAUAAGGUACAAUGUAAAUAAGGUUAAUCUGUUCUGUAAAUACUUUUUUAAUCACAACAAUUUGAAACAAAGUAACACAGUACAGUAGGGAACACUGGCCUAGGUGUGGGGCAGGUUAUUGUUUGGAGGGAGAGUCCCCCUCCAUAAGGGCAUAAGGACACUGGGGAGAUCUCUUUCAGGGGUUUCCUCUCUUCGUUGUCUCUUAGCUGCAGGGUCAAUUUUGGUGAAAAAUCUCCACAUUCUGGUCACCUUCCCUACCGCUCUGCACAUUCUUUUUGCCACCAUGCUUGGUCUGCAUUUUCUUUGGAGCCAUUAUUCAAUAUUAUUAUUGAAUAAUACUUUACAGUACUGUAUGUGCUAUAAAGCACACAAAAAAGCUUCACAGCAAGUGACCACAAGUUUGUCUGCAACGCAAGCAGAGAAGAUGGGCGCAAUCGUGCUCGUGUGGGGAAGAUGGCUGCGAUCGUGUUUGUGCAGGGAACAUGGCCGCGAUCAUGUUCAUGUGGGAACAUUGCCACAAUCGUGCUCGUCAGCUGAUGCAGAGUUCGUGAACAGAGGCAAAUUUUUUCUGAAUUUUUUUCUUGAACCGAUUUGGUUGUGAACUGAGGCGUUUGUGAACCAAGGUACCACUAUACUAAGCUUUGUUUCAUCUUUCUUGAAGUGUCCAUAUUUGUCUGUAAGCCAUAGACAAAAAUUAAUAAAUUGUAUAAUUACAAGUCAAGAAAAAUUAGUAGCGUAAGAAAAGCCCUACUGGAUCAAAUGAAAGGCCUUUCUAGUCCAACAUUUUGUUGCCACAAACUUAAGAAACCCAAAAGCAAUCCAUGACUGCUACAGCAUUCUCAUGUUUUCCUAGCAAAGGUAUUGAGAGAUACAGCCUCCUAUACUCAAGUUAAUAUAUAGCCAUCAUGAGAUAUAGCCAGUGAGUUUAUAUAAACUCAUUUUAAAGACAUCUGAUUUGGCAGUCAUGAGUUACCCUGUGGAAGCAUACUGUUCGUUGGUCUAACUUUCAAAUAACUAGGCCUACAAAUAGGAUGUUAAAGUUCUUCAACAAAUAGAAUCCAGGUGUAGGGCAAAAAUGGAUAGUACCACUUCCAAGACUUUCACAGUGACAUUCCUAAAUGCUUGUGUAAAUCCUUUGUCACAGUAUAUCUUUAGCGUUAAUGAAGUGGAUACUUGAACAGUAUGUCUUACCAUUAAGGAUGCUACUUCUGAUCAUCAAAUUUCUUGAAAUUUGGGCAACAGUAUUGACCUUGCUUUGUAAAAGGUAUGGAGGUAAACUGUUCACAAAAUAUGUUUGUUGACUGUAUAUUUUAGUAGACAUAAUUCUGGAACACUUCAAUCAGAGCCUACUAUUAACUUGUCAUUAGAAGAAUGAGAAAUGAUAAUUCAUUCUACUGAAUAUGUACCAAUUGGAAUGCAAGAAAAUACAUGGGUUGAAUUGUAUAAAUUAUCCAUUAGUUUACAUUUGAAGCAUUGUUUGUCUAAUCACCAGUUAGACAUUGUUUAAAAUUUCCUCUGUAGCAUCAAUAGCUUACUUGGAAGUAUGUAUUCUUUAAGACUUUGUCAGUUAACACUAGUUUAAUUCACAUACAUGAAUAAAAUAGAUAGUAAACAUAACAUAAAACACCUGCCCCAGACUACCGGGUGAAGCUAAGAACUCACAGAACUACAGUAACUGGGGAUAAAAUAAUACCUAGCUAUAGUCUAAAGAAUCAUAUGUGUACUCAUGAUCAAAGUGUAUUUAUUUGUUCUACCAGUUUAGCAAAAUGGAUAGAUAUUUUUGGGUGUUGUGGUAUAACCAUUGAUUCUCCUACGUGGAACUGGACCUGCUUAUAGGAAAUCUUGUUCAACUGAUGGCUUGAAUGCCGUUAUUCGGACAUAAACUCCAGACAAUGAUUCUUUAUUAGUAAUGCUUGACUACAUUUGUUCCCCAUUUUUCUUCAAAAGAACUGAGCAUGCAAAUGAUAAUUCAAGCAGACUACCAUUCAGUCGGUUUCCUGGGCUGGUUGGGUUUAUUGUAGUGGUAUAUUUGCUUCAUGUACCUUUUGGACCAUUGAUGCAUUCAUAUUAUAGGCUGCUAAACUGAGCAGCUAAGGAAUAGCAUUCUCGAUUUUGGAAGAGGCAAAUUGUACCCAAAGUAUAAUAAAGUACAGUCUUUUUUCAAUACUUAUAUCAGGCAUGAUGUGCUGAGUGAUCAGUAGAUAAAUGUAUUGGAAAAGACAUCCACAUAACCAACAAGGGCAGGCCAUACUUAAUUCAUAAUAUGAAAUCCAGUGUGGCAUAGUGAUUAAGAGCACUGGACUGGGACUCAGGCAAUCUGGAUUCUAGCCCCAUGGAGUCAACUGGGUGACUUUGGGACAGUCGCAGAGUCUCAGCCUAAUCUACCUGCCAGGAUGUUUGCUGUGCCAAAAUUGAGAGCAGCA